AUGGCGCAGCCGCCUCCUCCGAGACCAUCGGGAUACUUCGAGAAGAAGGGUGAAGUUCAUGAGCUACGGCAGUUGCUCCGAGGCGCAUCGGCGGACCGUGACCAGCAGAAGAAGCGGGAUGCCAUCAAAAAGGUCAUCGCGUACAUGACCCUUGGAAUCGAUGUCUCCCCUCUCUUCAGCGAGAUGGUCAUGGCGAGUGCCACCACGGAUCUCGUGCAGAAGAAGAUGGUGUAUCUUUAUCUGGUGAAUUAUGCGGAGAGCAACUCGGACUUGGCCAUCCUGGCCAUCAACACCCUUCAGAAGGACUGCCGGGAUGACGAUCCCAUGAUCCGGGGCCUGGCCCUGCGAUCACUGUGCUCCCUGAGCUUAGUCAACGUGAUUGAGUACCUGCAGCCUGCUGUGCAGAGAGCUCUGGAGGAUGUCAAUGGCUACGUCCGAAAGACGGCAGUUAUCGGAGUUGUGAAGCUCUUUUACAUCUCCCCGUCUGUAGUCAUGGAAACUGACCUGCUGCCCAUGCUGAAGCGGCUUGUGAGUGAUAGCGAUGCGCACGUGGUCUCCAACACGAUCAGUGCCUUGGAGGAGGUCUUAGCCAGCGAGGGCGGCUAUCACCCCACUGAGGAAAUAAUCACGGCCCUGCUGAACCGCAUCAUGCACUUCUCUGAGUGGGGCCAAUGUGCCAUUCUGAGGCUGCUGACAAAGUACUGUGUGGCUGGCGAGGCAGAGAUGUUCGACAUUAUGAAUAUCCUCGAUGGCUUGUUGAAGCAGUCCAGCAGCGCUGUAGUCUUGUCCGUGACGAAGAUCUUCGUCGACCUCACUAGCAAUCGCCCGGACCUCCAGCAGGAUGUGCUACAGAGACUGAAGGCCGCGUCGGCUUGGGGGGACCCCGCAUGUUAUGUCCUAAGCACAAGAGAUCACUGA